UACUUACCGUUACAGUGAUCACGUGAUCUGACCAUCAUCAGCUGACGAAUGUAAACAAAACAAAAACGAAGAAAGACUUUUGAGACCAGCAACUCAGUCCACACUAUUUUAACGUAUUAUGGUAAAAUCUGGUGUUUGAAAGAGGAAUGAAUAAUGCCUACACAGCUACGCCUAUCCUGGAAAAGCUUCCCCUGCAGAUUGAAGCUCUUACUGCGUAUGAGGAUAACUUAGUAGUUGGUACAAGGCAGGGUCAUCUGCUUAUGUAUGCUGUCACAGAAACCUCCCAGGGAAGAUGGGAUGUGUCCCUCCUGUGCUCUAACAAAAAUUUCUCAAGAAAGCCAAUCUCGCAAGUUCAAGUUGUUCCAGAACACCAGAUCAUUGUAUCAUUGUCAGGUGAGAAAACAAAUGGCGUUAUUAGUGUACAUGAUCUGACAGUUUUUAACUUGCCACUUCUCUUAACCAUGCCUCAGACAAGGGGUGCAUCAGCUUUUGAUUUGGAUAUAAAGCACCAGGUAUCUCUCACUGGAGAAACUGUCGCUACAGUACGCAUGGCAGUGGCUGUUAAGAGGCGCUUGCAGCUGUAUUACUGGAAAGCACGGAAGUUCCACAACUUGAGAGAGGACAUUGCACUUCCAGAUGUCCCACGAUCAAUAACUUGGUGCAAAGAAGCUAUUGCAGUAGCAUAUAAGCAUGACUACUGGCUUGUGCAGCUAACAGGAGAGCAGAAAGAACUCAUUGGUACGGGUAAGAGUCAAGAUCCUCUUCUUUUGGGGGUACCAGAAGAAGGAUUAUUGGUGUUGGCUCACGAUAAAGAAACAGUCAUUAUGGAUAGUGAUGGGAAUGCCAAAUUUGAACACACUUUAAAAUGGGGUGAAACACCAGCUGGCAUGGCAUAUGACAAACCCUUCUUGAUUUCACUUCUGUCAAAAUCUGUGGAAGUUAAAACCCCUGAGCCUAAUAUUGAUGUGCAAAGUAUAUACAUGGACAAACCAAAGCUGGUUGCAGUCGCCAACUCCAAAAAGGGUGUGAAUCCAGUGUAUGUUGCAUCAAUAUCACACAUAUGGAGAUUGCAUCGUUGUCAAGCAGUGUCACAUGUUAAUGAGUUGGUUAAACAAGAAAAGUUUAGCUUGGCUUUGAAAUUACUCGAAGUCUUGAAGGAGCCAAAGGAAGUCAAAGAACAGAUGGUGCUUCAUGUGAAGCACAUGCAAGCAUUCUAUUUCUUUCAGCAUAAACAGUUUAAGGAUUCCAUGAAUCUCUUUUUGGAAGUGAAUCGCGAUUCUGAGCUGGCAUUUGUUAUUGGAUUGUUUCCAAAAAUGGUGCCAGAGGAAUUUCGCUUCCAAAUAAAUCUUCCGGGUCGAGUACCUUCCCUCAGUUCUUCAGAGAUGGAAAGUGCUAUUCAGGAGCUUAUUCAUUUCUUGCUGGAGAUGAAACGUCGUUACAUCAAUCGCAUGAUUGAUAUUGAUGAAGUUAGUGAUUGCAAUAUUACUCAUGUUAGUGCUAGCAGUGGAAGUGGUAAAGCAGCUACUUCAUUAAAAGAGAAGAUCCAAGUGAUUGAUACAACUUUGCUUAGAUGUUAUAUUGAGACAAAUAACAACACCUUGGUUGAAUCUCUUGUAAGGAUGCCUGAAACUCGAGUUAGCUUACAAGAAGGUGAACGCCUUCUGAGAAAGAAUGAAAAAUUUAGUGAGCUUGUUUAUUUUUAUCGUAGUCGAGGCCAUCACAAAAGAGCCCUCCAACUUUUGCAAAGACAUUCCGAUAACCCUGAGUCAAUCUUGUAUGGUCACGACCACACCAUUUCUUAUCUCCAAAAUCUGGGACCUGAGUAUAUAGAUCUGAUAGGUGAAUAUUCAGAGUGGGUUCUGAAAUCACAUCCCAAGGAUGCUCUGAGAAUCUUCAUAGGAGACAGAGCAUGCUCUGGAGAAGUGGAGAAUCUUCCAAGGCAGAGAGUAUUAUCUAUUCUCCGAAGACACGACCAACAACUAGUCAUGGAGUACCUUGAACACGUUAUUUGGGAAUGGGAGGACACAAAUCCAAUCAUUCACAAUGAACUUAUAAUGCAGUAUCAUAGAAUAAUAACAGCUCCAUAUGCUUCCAGUGACCCAGUUAAUAUAGAACAAGAGAAAGAGAAAAAGGAAGAAACAAGAAACAGAUUAAUGCUAUUUUUGAAUGAAUCAAAAUACUACACUCCGGCUAGCUUGCUAGCACAUUUCAACAGUGAUAUGCUUCACAGAGAGAGAACUGUACUUCUUGGUCGUUUGGGACAGCACCAACAAGCUUUGACUAUAUAUACAAUGAUUCUGGGAGAUAUAGGAAAAGCCCUCGAGUACUGUCACAAACAUUAUGUACCGCAAGGCAAUGGAAGUGAGGUGUAUCUCAUACUUCUGAAAUUGAUUGUAACAUCAAGUGAAAGUCCAGGAAAUUCUCCAAGUAAGCUGCAAACUCAGAAGGUGGUGGAGACAGCUUUGAAUAUCCUUCAGAAUUACCUACACUGCAUUGACUUAUCACAGGCAUUAAAAAUAUUGCCAGAUGAAGUAAGAUUGCAGGUAUUGCAGCCAUUUAUCCAUACCUCCUUGAGUUACACUGGUGCUAUUUGUAGGAAGAAGCAGAUCUUUAGAGGACUAACACAGUCACUUAAAUUACAGGCAAGUAAGGAUAUAGUUGCAUGUCAGAGCAGGAAAAUAACGCUAUCUGAAGUUACAUCAUGUGCAGUUUGUCAUAGGAGGUUCACUAAGCAUACGGCAUUUGCAUUGUACCCCAAUGGUGAUAUCGUUCAUUUUUCAUGCCAAGAUCAGCGGUAGCAAAGGUAAAGUGACAUAUGAGUGAAAUUAUAUUUUAUAUCUUGCUGAAGUGUAUUAAGCCUACAUUUUGAGGUAUGCAGAAAUGUUUCCAGAAAUUAUUACAAGUCAAAUUUAUUCUUUCACUGCCAUUUGUAGAAUGCACUUUGGUCCACUAGUUAUUUAUUUUCAAUUUUGAGCUGAAAGUGGGCAGUGAAAAAUAGUAUCCAGGUUCAUGAACUACAUCCUAAAAGUUUGAUUGAAGGAAAAAUGUUACCAGAGCUAGCUAGGUAUGACAUUCUGUUCAAAAGGUAAGUAAUUAAUUUCCAUGCAUUUAUAAACUUACUUGUAUGAAUGUUUCAUACUCCUGGUAGUUACUCUGUUAGUGAUUGAAUAUAUUGGGUUAGAAAAUUCAUGUCAGUAUGACAUUUACACCAUGACAGUGUGUGGUUAAUUCAACCAUUUGCAAUGGAUGGAAAUCAAAAGAUGGACUUGACUAGCCCUAUAAAAUAUUAAUUACCCAGAUGAAAUUUAACCCAAAAUGAGCACCCAAAUUAUGGGAACCAAGGUGAUUGUGAUUCAUUAAAGCAUUGUAAAUCUGUUUCUCAAACAAAUAAAUAUUCUAUAUUCUACUACCAGAAGUGCAAUAAGACCUGAGUAAUUGGCCUAGCAUUUGAUUUAGUUCUACUUCAUUUAACUCCCAUAUAUCAUUUUUCUUUUUUUUUAUUUGACAAAUAUUUUGCUCCAUGAUGCUUAUUUCAUAUUAAUUAUACACAGUAAAAGUUUAUUUUGGCUCUUUGUAUGUAUUAUUUCUGAAAAGUAGUAAAAAUAAUGAGCUGUAAUGAGCAUGCUUCCUGAGCUUUGUGAGGGGAUAAGUCUGAUAUCUUUAAACAAAAAAGCAAAAUACCUUAUUUUAUACAAUAGAGUCUCUAUUCUUAGUCAUAGAGGCUGACACUAGAAUGAUUUUGUGCCAAAAAAUGAGGGUUUAUUUGUUAGCAUGAGGUUAAGCCCCUCUUGUAUAUACAGAAAAUAUACUUUUUUUAACAAAUUAUUUAGUACGAUGUUUGUCAUAGACUGAGAACUGAAAUACAGGCAGACCCCAGUUAUUGUGUGUGUGUGUGGGGGGGGGGUUCUGCUCUUGGCUAGGUGCUUAUAAACGAAAAUUGCUUAGUGGCACUGAUAAGCAGUUAAUGGUGCCCCUGUUAGGUAUGUUAUGACGCCAUAACUCUAUUAUCGGCACCUUAUGGCGCCAGUAACCGAAACUCGGCCCAUUAUGGCACCAUAAGUUGCCAAUUUUAUGGCGCUAGUUUAGCGACGUAAAACUGGAUUGCUGUUAACUGAGUCCGCCGAUAACCGGGGACUGCCUGUACCGAAAAUUAAGAUAUUGUCAUAACUUAUACAAAUUAAUUAGUCAUUGCCUAUUGGCUCUUUAAAGGCUAAUGUGACACAUUUUGAUAUUUAAUGUUUGUAUGGAAGUGUUAGAACCUGUGUUAACAAAAUAAUUAGUAGUACAGUACAUUACUAUAAAUUUCAAUGCCCAGCAUCUUUUAAAACCGAGUCAGUUGUAUCCCUCAUAUUUUGACAAUUAACUUCAGACGUAAAAAUAAGUUUAAUUAAAGAUAUCCUUCGUUAUCCAACUUGUAAGCAUAAUAUUACACCCAAUAUAUUUAAUAAAAUUAGAAAUAUUUUAAGUGUUUUUGUGAAGGAAUUUGAUACAUAAUAAUUAUUUUGUUUGCUGUCACUUUUACAGAAAUUACAAGGAAACUUUACAAUCUCUUGGUUCUCUUUACAUGUACUACUAGAAAUUUUUUUAAAUAUUUACAACUUUCAUUUAUACUGAAAUUGAUAUAGGCAUUGGCCCUCAGCAUUUGAAAUUGGGUUCAUGCUAUAGCCUGAAAUAUGUAGAAUUGUAACUAAAUGUCUAGUUUACAGUAUUUGCCUAUUUUUUUCUUUACCAGACCUUAUAAACAAAGUGAUAUCAUAAUGCUUAGAAGGUUGAUGUGCUGUUUUAAUAUAUAUUUACUGCUUCAUAUUUUUGUAUAUUAAAAGCAGUCAUUCGCUUUUGAUGUCAGUUAUGAUAUGACUUGAAACAUUGUUGUAGGGCUAGUUUUUACCUGCCUUAGAUAAGAACUUACCACAGAUCAAUGAUUAGUAUGUACUUACAACUUUUGAGACUGUCAAAAAAGUAUUUCCAAAAGUACUUUAUUUUUUUAUUUUUUUUGUAACUAUUAUCUGUAUUGGUAAUGCUUCAUGCAUGAUUAGUGUGGAACAUUAAUUUCUUAUUACUCAAGUUUUAAUUUCGUUCAGCGAUGUAGAUAUUGCUUCAAUAUGAUCUUUUUCUUCUUGUUAUGCAUUGCUAAGGCUUUACCUUGUUUUAAUAGGCAUAUAUCAUCUCCAGCAGUGGAACAUAUAGUCAUUCAGAAACUGAAAACCUGUAAAAUAAUGUAACAGGUAUUUAUCUAAAUCGGUUAUUGUAAAACAAGAGUACAGGAUUUAAAAUUACAGGAUAAAUAGUUUUGUUGCUCUGUUCUGCCAUUUGAAGUCUUCUUCGGUGUCGAAUUAGGAUCUAAUACUUUUGUAAACAAUACUUCAUAGUAAUUUCAUUGCAGAUGAAUGUGUUUCAGUUACUGGGUAUCUUGUUUAAGGUUACUGGAAAUGUAAUAUCAUUGAGACUAUUCAUUGUGUACUCAAAGAGAUGAAGGUGUUGAGAUAAUUGAAGCUCUUUUUGCAAAAUUAGUUGAAAGUUGUUACUAAAGUGUUGAUUACUGAUCCAUGAGUCUUCUCUGAAGUUUUCCCAACAGAGCACAUGAUGAAAUGAAUGCAAGUUGGUGAAAUGAAAGCAUAAUAUUUACUGGUCAGUGAUACUGAAUGAAAUCUAAAUUUCAAAUUUGUGGAACAUUGCUAUUAAAGAAUUUUUUUAUUUAGUUUUUUAAUACCAAAGUACUUAUGCUCUAAAAUUUAAAAUGUUCUGGGAUAACAGAUUAAUUCCAUUUUAUAAUUCUUAGAUAUUGCUCAGUACAUGGGAAAUGGAAAUAUGCAAUUUAUAUAUAUAUAUAUUUCUAUGAUAAUAAAUUACCAAAAAAAUGAAACUAAAAAAAUUACUGAAAUGGAUAGCUAAGAUGGGGUAGGAUAUUAACUUACAUAAAUUAUAUUCCACCAUCACAUUCCUAAGGAGGACCAGUUCUAAUUAUGUAUCCUUUAUCUUUUAAUCAGUUUGUGUUUUUGUAGUUGUUUUUAAGACCCAGGUUUAUGUACAUUGAUUUAUAAAAGUGAUGACAGGCUCAAUCAUAAUGGUUUACUCUUUUAUUACAUACUAAUUUAUCAUAUCCUAUCAUUUAUGUACAUUCAGGUUAUAGUAUUGAACCCAUUUUUCUGUUACAUUGGUUGUCUCAUGUUAGGAUAAUUUUUUAUGGAGUGAUUAGGAUUGUGAGAUUUGAAAUCAAUUUUCUUAAGAUGCUAUUACCAGUGUUAUUGUAUUGUCAAAAUAAUUUUACAGUUUUCUGUGGGCUCUAUACAUGUGGGUAUUGAUCUCAUGUAUAACCUACCAAGAUUAUUUAUAAUUUAAAAUGUCCUUGAGCAUCUUUGAAGGUCUGUUUCUACAAAAUAUAUCUCUUGAAGUAGGUGGAGUCUCUUUAGCCAAAUUUUAUGGAAUAUUGUAAUUAUAAGGCCAUAUUUUGAGCAAAUCUCCUCAGGGAGGAAAUUCUGAACUUUGAUUUUAAUUAUUAAAGAUUUCCCAUCAUAAUUACUGAUUAAUAUUCAAAUUGAAAUACAUAGUCAUCUUCUUGUACUAGUAUUGCUAUGCAUUGUUUCAUGAAUUCUUUGACUGACAGCAUUUAUUAUGUCAAUAUUUGUGUCAUAAAAUGGAAAGGUUUUGGGAGGAUUUUGUCGCCUGGAGAUAUUUGCUGAUAUUAUAUGUGCCUUUUUUGCACCCAAUAGUGCUUUCUGGAGGACGUUAAUCAACACCUAUUUUUAUUUAAUUUUUUGUAUUACGUAUAACAGUAUAUUCUUUAUAUGUUUUGAAAGGCAUUUCCCUUUCUAUAAAUACUCUCUUAAUAGAUGCUGCUUAUUUACAUAUGGCUCUAUAAUUUAUUUUAAAGUGUGUCUUCUUAUUAUUUAUUCACAUUUCCCAAGCAAUAGGUAUAAAUAAUCUCUUGUUGUAAUUGUUUUAUAAUUAUUGUUUUGAAUAUUUGCAAACUUAUAUCAUGCUAGCCAUAAAUAUUUUACAGUUGCAUAAUGAAUAAAGAUAAAAUUACAAAAUAAUAUAAUGGAAUUGUUGUAUGAUACAUAUAGCUGCAAUCAUACAGAGAAAUUCAUCCAUGAUCUUAUGAAGUUUUUAAUAGGUUUUUAUCAUAAUUGUUUCACAUUUUCUUAUGUUUUGAUCUCUGUCCUAUAAUUACCUUUCAUUCAUCUUCAUCAUAUCCUCCAUGUCAUGUCCAUAUCCAUUGUAAUCAUGUUAUGUACAUUGUAGAGUAAAUAAAGGAAUUUUUGUAA